AUGAUGUGCGCUUCCGCCGAGAACAUAAGCCCGGAGAAGAAGAAAAGGCGUGCAUGGAGAGGCGGCGGCAGCGGCGGUUUUGCAUAUUUAAGCACGAUCGUCUUGCCCGAUUCGUUCAGUUCUCGACGAAAUUUCGUCAAGAGGAGCGUCGGAAAGUGGGAAGACGAGGGAUUAGGGGCAGAGAGUGGGCCUGUCGAUUGAUCAUAAGAUCGGGGAAGAACCGAACAAGGGUUUUGAAAUGGAAGCGUUUGGACUGAAGGGGUGAUAAACAAGUGGGGAGAAGUUUUUGGGGAAGUUGUUCAACUUGUUUAAAGAGAAUCGUGAGAUAUGAAAAAUUGAAAAAUUCAGCAAACUAAGACAGUGGUUGUUUGAGCAGAUGCAGAGUAGACUCCAUCUUGUAGCUGAUAAAGUCAUCUAGAGUAAAUUUAAGUCAAGUAAAACAAGGUAUAAUAGAACACAUUUCUUGAAACAUGAGUAAAUACUAAUCUGUCGGGAAAAUAAUGAGGCUCAAUGUCUGUCGGUAAAAUGAUGAAGCUCAAUGUGUGAAGUGAAGAGAAAUCUGAUUUUUCCGCGACACAAUUCAGUUUCUCAGCGGCAAUGCGAUUUUUGAUGCGACAAAAUGCUCAUUAUUUUCCCGACAGAUUGAUAUCAAGGAUUCAACAAGUUAUGAUAUCAGUUGUCUAUACAGAGGUAUAACUUAGUCCGUCUUGUAGCUGAGUUCAGGUCAAGUCCCAUUUCUCGUAAUAUGAGUAAAUAUCCUAUCUAUACUCAUACCUGACUAGCAAGAAACAAAGUUUUCAUCAGAAGCAUGACUCAUGAACACAAGGAGAUUUAAAGACAUACUUUCUCUAUAGUAAGCAAAAGUUUGAAGGCAAGAAACUUUAGAAAACAAAAGAAGGAGCCUCUCAGAAGAUUCUGGAGAUUAUCUUGUCCUUUUUUUGGUCAUGCCUACCCCCACAAGCCCCACAACUCAAACCCAAUUGCCCUGCAGGCCUUGAAACUCUCAAUUCCCAAUAUUCUUCCGCUACCGUACCCUUUCGCGCACCGCUACCUUCCUCGUCAUCCCCACCUCUCCAAUGAAAAUGAGGUCCGCCACGGAGCUGCUGAUCGAAGGCAGCGAAAUGAAACGAGAGCAGCGAAGGCGCUGAUCUUUUCAUGAGUUCUUCCGUUAGAGACGGUCUUCUCGCCGGGUGCGUCCAACCGAGACCAAGGCCUCUCCCCCAACCAUCCCGUCGCCGACUCGUUUCUCGAUUCAGGUGGAGCGUGAGGAGAAGACCGCCUUCUUCUCGAUUGGCUGUCGCCGUUACUCCGAAAGAGGUGGAGGGGAUGUGCAGGUAAUGGGGCCGCGCUUCACGGGUAAUAAUCUCCGCGCUGUCUACUGGACGGAACUUGGCGGCGAGGGAUGGUACAAGAAAUACGAGGCUUUGGAGGGGAUUUUGAAGGUAGUAUGUAUAUAG